AUGGCCAAGAAGAUGAUGUUGAAGGUUGUAAUUCUCGUUUCUCUUCUCAUUUUCCAACUCGCUGAUUCUCAUGAAACGGUGACCACACCUCCUGUUGAAAGCCCACAUCAUCCUCCUGUUGAAAGCCCUCAUCCUCCUCCAAAAAUAGAGUGUAAUGGAGAAUGUAAUCGAAGGUGCAAAUUAUCGUCAAGGCCGAAUUUAUGCAAGAGGGCAUGCGGGACGUGCUGCGAGAGAUGCAAUUGCGUUCCGCCAGGCACUUCCGGUCACUAUGAAACCUGCCCUUGUUACGCCAAUAUGACCACCCACAGGGGCCUACACAAAUGCCCUUAA